GUCACUGGAAAAUUAAACGAGUUGGAGGAACAUAAAGGAAAAUAUAGAAGAGCAGUUGACCGAAUGGCUGAUCUUAACAAACAAUUCCAACAUUUUAAAGUUGAUGCAAAUGAAAAAGCUCAAAAGAGUGAAAAACAGCUUUAUGAAUUGAGGACAAUUGCUGAUGCUCUUGAAAAUGAGAAUACCAUGUUGAGGGAUUGGCUCAAAAACAAGGAUAUCAUCAUUCGACAACUUCAGAAGAGUGCUUUCUCAUCUACUGAAAAUUUAAAUCGAUCAGCGGAAGAAGGACCAAGUCAUCUUACAAACAAUAAUAAGAAGUUAUGUUCAAAGUGUACAAACAUUAAAGAAGAAAGAGACCGAUUAAAAUCUCAACUUAAUCGAGAAAUUUCUUUAAAGAAUCUAUGUUUGGCAAAUAAAGCUGAUUUGGACAAAAAGCUUCAAGAAGCUUGCAAGACUAUUGAAGAACUGCGACGUAAACAACUUGUUCUGUGUAAUGAUAUAAUUGAAAAGGGACGAGAUGACAGACGGGCUGCUCUUCUUAAUAAUAAUCCUCAAGUUCCUCCUCCUCUUUUUGAAACUCCACAAAUUCGUAAUGAUUUAAUCAACAAUGAAAGGAAUGGAAAAAGGCGACAAAGAAUGGCUAACAGUAUUGCUAGAUCAGCAACAAUAUGUAUUCGAACACCUUUUGUUGAAAACAACAACAACAAUAAUAAUAUUGAAAAUCAAAGCAACAAGGUUAUUAAAGUUCGUGAAAAGAAUUUUGAUGGUUUCAACAAUAUUCAACAAAAGAAGUCUUCUUUAUCAUUCUUUAUUCCUCUUGAUGAGAAUUUUCAUUUGAACGAUAGAAAGGCUCAAAUUCUCGGAGAGCGUUCUGAACAACGUUGCCGUGCAAUUGAAGAAGCUUCUCGCAAACGAGCAAUAAUAGCAGCUAAUCGACGUGCUGUAGCAUCUGACAUUUUAACAGGAAAGCGUCAAUUAGAUGAUGAAGCAAAAAGAAUUCUUUCAAACGAUUCUUCUUCAAUUUGUGCAUUCCCUAAUUUGUUGCGUCAAAUGCGUGCUGCUUCAAGACGAAAAUUUGAGGAGUCCCCACACCGCCAAAAAUUAGAAAAGGAAAGGCAAAAACAAAUGUAUCAAGGUAUAAAUCGUAUAAUUGCUCAUGCUGGUUCUGGUUCUAAAAAAUCCGUUAAAGUGGCUACAAUCCGUUGA